AUGGAACGAAAUACUUCUUCUCCAAUGGGAUCGUUUUAUUUGCGAGAGACCGGUGAGAUACGUGAUGUAUACGAGAUCUUCCUUCUGGUGGAAUGUCCGGUUCACGUAAUAAAUAUCAUCUUGCUCCUGGCUGCUCCGAGUUUAAUAUUCUCUUCAAAAACUUUAGUGAAUCUAAAUCUGAAAAUGACAAUUGCCAGUUACUUCCUAGCUGGUGUGCUCAUGAGUAUCUCUCGUCUAUCAUGGCUCAUAUGUGACCUAUUCUGGGUUCCAAUAUCCUCAAUGGAAAUUCUGAUGUAUUCAAGAUUCGUGUUCCAAACAUCAAUUGCCGCCCAUCUUUUCGUUUUGUCUGCAGAACGGGCAAUCGCCACUUGUCGCUCGAAACGAUAUGAGCAGAACUCGUGUUAUCCUGUCAUUAUUUUUUGCUGUAUUUUAACGUACCCCUAUUCUCUAAUUCAACUAUAUUCGAAGUACAACUUCCAAAAAGGUCGAGAGAUAAAUGUUGUUAUGUAUUUGGGAGCUGCGCUUGUAUCAUUUUUGAUUCUACUAGCUGUGUUCAGAGUGAAUAAGAAAAAGGUGAAGGAGCGAAGAUUCAAGGGACCUAUAAGUGAAGCAUAUCAGGUUCGAGAAAACAUCCGAACAUCACGUCUUCUACUUCAAAUAUUUGUGAUCUUCUCAGUCUUCGUUGGCCUAUCCACAUUUUUUCUCCUCCGAUUCUCGGCUUCCCUCACUGACCCAACUAAAAAAUGGGUGACCAUCACAAACGGGUUUCUCUACGACAUGCUCAUUUCCACUGGAACUACCUGCACAACUCUCGUUUUUCUCCAGUUUUUGAUUCCAGAUGAGACGCAGAAGAAGUGGUCACACAUACUACAUCUUCCAUGUCACAACAGAAAUGUGAGACCUGAGAGUAAGAGAAUCCGAUUCAGAAGUAUCCACGGUGUUGAUGUGGAAGUGGGGAAUGGAACGGUGAGUUCCAUGAGUCAUUCGAGAUUCCUGAAUAAUUUUCGUAGUUGA